CUCAGAGCCUCCUCCACCCGCCCCCUCAAGCCCGCUCACGACCCCCGUCUCCGCUGCCCUGCACGUUCUGCACGUCUGCCACGCACCUCCACCGCCAGCGCCCUCCGACCACCGUUCUCAUCGCCUCCGAACGCGUCUACUACGGGACCUUGCUUGUACUACUUGAGAUUAUACGCCAAGUCUCAGCGUGCCGCUCUGUCUGACGAGCUCGCCCGGUUGCUGACGGACACAGACACGCACCACAGAACGCCUGACAUGCGCUGCUAGACGCUGUGCAAUGUCGUCCUCCGACCUCCACUCUCUAGCCGACUCGCUCGCUGCCGCCGGGGACUUUGACGGCUCGCUCGCCUCCACCCUCACCCUGCCUGGCUCAGUGAACACCCAAGCAUCCAUGUCUGCUACCACUCUCGGAACGACAGCCCACUCGCAAGACGCGCAUGACUUCAGACCGCGCCCAUCGACGUCCGCAUCGCGCGAACCCUCCCCGCCCGCGCACGCCGGUCCAAGUUCCAGUCAAAGUCUCUCGCCGCGCACGAAACCGUCUACGAUCAAGCCGCAGGAUCUGCUGAGCUCUACGACCUCACGCCUAGAUGACGAUCUCCCUCCCCUUGAUAUCCUGCUCCCGCCAGAGCCCGCCGAUCUCUUCAUGGCUCCUGAUGGAAGCUACCUUGAGACCUCGUCCGGCUCCGCCGCGCACGAUCUCAAGAAAGUCUAUGAUAGGUACCUCGGCGUGGGCAAAGACGUCCGCUCCCCGUACGCUAUCACAGCCUUCAUCAACCAGCAUGGGAAACAGAUGUAUCGUGUCGGACUCCGAGAACUAGAGGCACCCGGUUUUCUCGCUGCAGAUGCUGAGGACCGGAAUACGUCUCUCCAUGCAACUUCCAACUACAGCUUCCAGCCUCCCCACCCGUACCCGCCGCAGACCAAGCGUCGCUCGCGCAUGAGCGUCCAUUCAUUCCUGCCGUCUGCGGUCUUCAAGAACGGCGGCCCGUCCACCGUCCAGCCUAUGCUUCAGACUGAUGGCAGCCGCUCCCCGCCGGUCCGUAAGCUUCGAAAGACGCGCUCUAUUCCGAACGUGAGCUGCGCUACGCCGGACUCGGAGACGAGGCAGAACCCACCGCCUACGCCAACGGGUCGCCCGCAUGCGCACAGUGUGUCAAGUGCAGACGCGUUCCGCUCCUCGUUCUCGGCAUCGGAGGCACCGACGACGCAGACCUCCCAUAGGGACAUUUUUGCAGAUGUCAUGCAUUGGAACAGCCUCCCGGUCUCGCCCAUGGGAUCGAGCUCUGCAUCAAUGUCUACACGGAGUCUGCCCCAGGGUCCCAGCGAGAUGUCGAAUGGCGGAUCAUCUGCGCGUGACAUCAUCAUUCAACCCUUCGGCUCCGGAGUCGCGUUCGAUUCCCCGAGCUGGCCUUCUGCGAAUCAUCUGAACCAGCCCGUACUGCGCGAGAUGCAAUCGUUCGAGUCCGGGUUGACUGCCCGUGCUGACCCUACCCCGAUAACCCUUCAGAAUGGCAGCUCGCGCAUCCAUUUGCCUAUUGCCGAAUCACCUAUAUCCGACUCCUCGUCCGCUAUUCACGUCGACCCUUCCUCUUCCUCCACCGCGUCCGCAUCCGCCCAUCGGCGCGACUCGACGAUCCUUGAGGAAACGAACAUGCACUCCCGUUACUCCACCGAGGUAUUCGACAUCCUCCAGAAUUCGCGUGGGCUGCCCGCGCUCGACCGCAUCUCGUCGACGUCGCAGGAGACGACGAUCAAGCUCUCGCUCAAGGCGGAGGAGAGCGCCGCGCCGCGGGACGACCCGCGGUUCGUCAUCUGGGGCGAGGUCGAGCCGGAGGACUCCGAGGAAGUCUCGGUGUCGGUCAGCCAGACGACGGAUCCGUCCGCGUCGUCUGGGCGCUCGGGCAUCUCGCGGCGGAGGAGCACGAAGGGGAAGAGCAUCUCCAAGCCCGAAGAGGUCCUCUCGCCGCCGGGGUCCCCGAAGGAGGGCCCGACGAGGAUGAUCCUCGCGGCGACGAUCGAGCGCUGGAUCGCGCAGGUUACCAGCGAGCUCAACUACGACGAGCUGAUUGUGUUCUUGCUGACAUACAGGUCGUAUGUCUCCGCAUUGGACCUUGGCCACCUGCUCAUUUGUAGGUUCCAUUGGGCACUCGGCGAGCCGACCAGCCAGCGUGACGAGAUCGCGCGACGGGUUGUGCGUGUUAGGACGUUCAUCGCCAUACGGCAGUGGGUGGUUGCAUUCUUUGAUGCCGACUUCCUCCCCAAUCGUGAGCUGCGGUUGUUGUACGCCAAUUGGCUCAACACCUUAAGGAGGGACCCGAUUCUGGAUAGAUACAAGGAUGCCUUGAAAAUUGUCCGACAAGUGCGCAAAGUGUUCCGCGAAUGCGCAGAUCGCUACUUCCGCCGAGGUACAAGACAGGCUGGCCGCACGUCCGAGUAUCGCCACCGCGUCCCUGACUUUGGUGCACCGACGGACGUACCUGGCGGCCAACCGGGCGCAGACGACCCCGACCUGGACCUAGAUUUCGAGAACAGUUUUUCGGUAUCUGAGCGUGGCAGUGCGAAUACAUCACCGAAGUCCAAGGGAUCCGGCCCGGUUGACCUGUUGUCGCUCCGACAACCAUUGCACCUCGCCUUUCUGCAAUACGGGAGAAAGAGCAGUGUCGGGCCUCCUGCGAGUGGCGUACCUCAUUCCAUGUUGGUUCCAAUCCCGCACAGCCCCUUUUCGCGGGUAUUCGUGAACACGAUUGGACGUCUGGGGCGAUGGAAACGGGUCUUGAACCACCGUAAUUCCGGUCGGGCGACACAUCUGAACGCAUGCCUAGACGUCUCCGCUUUUGAUGUGGAAGCGAGCGAGACAGGCGACCUCCUCCUGGUGCGUGGUGGUGUCGAGCAGUACCUCAAGAUGGUCGAAUCCCAGAUGUCCCAAGCGGGCAUCAUCCCGCAGGGGCAACAGUUCAUAGGCACUGGCACCACGACCAGUGCGAACACCAGUCGCAAUGCUAGUCCGGCGGGAGAUCGUGCACCUUUCCACCCGCCUGGUCUUCUCGCACAGCGAACGUCGUUGGACUCAGAACGCCGACCCUCGUUCGCGUCAGACCCGCGUUCAAGUUCUGAUUCCAGCGUAGGCACGAUUCAGCUCGAGGUACCCUCUUCUCCAUCCGAGGCGAGCGAGACGACACCACGAUACUCAUCUUUCUCCUCGGCCUAUACCGAGACCCUCGACUCCCCGCGGACACCUCAGCCUCCUUACUCUGGUUCGUCGAUGCCCUCGCGCUCGCUAGACGUUGUCUCGAUUGACGACCUCGAUCUUGAUGACCUUUCCUCCGAUGAGAACUUUACGCAGCACGUGGGUAUCAAGAAGCCUUCGCGGCGACUACCUACGCGGCGAGACUUCGAGUUUGUUCGCCACUCGACCGACAGCGUGUCCUCUAUGGGCAUCCGUACCCGGGAGUCGAUGCUCUCGGGCGCGUCGUACAUUUCCGGUAUGUCCGGUGCAUCGAGCGCAUCUGCCAGCCCCGAGGCGGAGGCGGAGAAUGCGGGCGGGCCGAUCCAGGCAUGGCAAAUGAGCGCACUUGUCGACUCGCUCAGUGAUAACGAAGAGGAUGGUGACGUCGAGGCAGCCCUUCGUCGUUUGGAAGGCCAGAUCAAUGAGGAGAAACAACGCGCCAAGCAGAGCAAGGUCGACCGAUGGGUGCGCUCUAUCCAGCAGCGACAACAGACUGGCAACCCGCUUCCGCCUGAUUCGGAGCCGCUCAGCGACUCGGACGAUGAAGAUUACGGGCAGGUCUCGCAACGGCGCUCGGUCGACUACCGCUCGCCGUCUCGCGCCUCCACGUCGCGUUUGAGCGACGGCAGUUCUCUGGGCUCUCUGAUACCGUUCGCACCACCCGGCCUCACCCCUGAUGAAGCAACAACACCAUCUGCAGAGGAGGCUCCUGAACUCCCUACACCAGAACACAUCGCCGACACACACUCAGAUCAUACGAAGCCACACGUUGAGGACGCCGUCCCGCUGGAGAUCCUGUGGUCGCGUGUUGAGCACCGCACGACGCCUGCCACGCAUCCGAUGCACCCACCCUCUAAUGUUUGUUCCUCCCCACCCAUUCCUCACCCUUCCGCCACCGCGCUGCCGCCGCCCGGCUCCCCCACUUCGUUGAUGCACCCCUCACAUGUUAGGCGACACCAGUCCUUUGUGCUCGGCUUCCGCAGCGAGACACUGAUGCAACACUUCUCCAUGAUCGACCGAGAGCUGUUCCUCGCUCUACGGUUCGAAGAGCUUGUCGCGCCAUCGCUCAACGCGCACGACCCGCACGCCAAUUUCAACAUCCUCGACUGGGCGCAGUUCCUGCGGGAGCGCGCGCGGCUGAAGGCGGAGGGUCGCGUGGGAGCGCAGACCGGCACAUUGACGGUCGUUCGCGGUCGGUUCGACCUGAUCGCGAAUUUUGUGCUCAGCGAAAUCGUGCUGACGCACCCGAGCGAGCGGAUGCGAGUGUACACCAAGUUCAUUCGUCUGGCAUGGAAAGCGUACGAGCUCAAGAACUACAACGCUCUCGUAGCCAUCAUCGCAGGGUUGCGUUCACACUGGGUAUCCAAGGCGAUCGCUCAGUGUCAUGACAGGCUGCGGGUCAAGGAUGAGCGGAUCCUGCAUGACUUGACGAGCUGGACGUCUCGACAGGGGCACUUCAUGUACAUCCGGCAGACGGUCGAGGCCCUUACGGAGGCAAAGCCUCUGGAGCAGAGUCAGGACAUGUCGCAGGGCGACGGACAGAGUUCGCGCGGGCGCACGACGAACGACGCCAAGGGGGGGCCGGUCGAGGCGCCCGCAUGCGUACCAUUCUUCGGCGUGUACCUCUCGCAGCUGGAGCGCUACGCCCCGCUGCCGGACUUGAUCGAUCCAACAGCACCGCACACGCCCGUGUCAAUAGACCCACUGACGAACACGUUCGAGGCGCCAUCGCAUCCCGAGGUCUUCUCCACGCUCUCCCCGCUUCCCCCGUCCAUUCAGCUCGAACCGCUCAUCAGUGUGCACAAGCAACGCCUCGUCGCGGGUGUAGUGCGGAGCUUCGUCGCAGCACAGCACCUCGCGAGCCGUGUGGCGUACCCACUGGACAAGAAGCUCUUCCAACGCUGCUUGAAGUUGCGUGGGCUGGACACGGAGGUGCUGGAGCGUGCCCUGACGUUGUAUGCACCGCAGGGCGCGGGUGCUGGUCAGGCGCAAAGCGGGCACGGCGUACGCUCAAGCGUCGCGCGGUAGUCUUCCUGCAGUCCGUUGUGCUUUGUCAGUUGUCGAUUAUGCCGCUAACGAUCUCCAUCAUGAUGUCCAUGCUCAAUGUCUCGCUCCGUUCUCCGUGAUUGUUGUACUGUUUCUAUUGCUCUUUCCCCUCAUACCUCGCUCCCGCGCUCAUCAUCCAUACAUGAUACACACAUCCGCAUGCUUUCGCAGUCUGACGUGCCCAGAUUACAUGACCUCUUCUUUCUCGCUGCAUUUAGUUCAGGUGGUAUAGGUGGUGGUGUCGGGUACCAGUCGUAUAGGCGUAUGUUUGUAGGGGUUGGCCGAUGCGUCUCGGCGGAUAUGAUAGAAUACAAAGGAUGUGCAGUUUC